AUGUCUGCAACAACAGAUGAGUGCAAAUCAUCGUCUCUUCGUAAUGAAAAUUCAAUAUUUUUAUAUGAUGUUCCAAUUACAGUGCAAAAAGUGUCCAAAGCUGUGACAUUUUUAUUUCACUUAUUUUUUCAACGAAAAUUUAUUGUUCAUCGUCUAACUGGCUUAGCCUAUUUGGUUCAAUAUGCAAUGGCUCUCUAUUUAUAUUUUAAAAAUUAUGAAUUAUUCAAAAAUUCAUGCUUAAUUUGGUCCUUGCCAUUAACCGGUCUACUUCAAUCAAUAACAGCUAUAUUUACAUUUACAUUUUUACCGAAAAAUAAACUUGAUUCUGGUUAUUAUACUGAUCGUGGCUUACUAUCCUACGCGUUUAUUCUUGAAAACUCAUUUUUUUCCGGUAUACUACUGUUUCCAUGGCUAUAUUAUUCUGAUCGAUUCUAUAGUUUUAUCAGUUCCUCGAUAAUCAUCGAUAAUAUUGUAGUAUUUAUCCCCUAUAUACCGAGAAUGUUAUGGCCAAAAACACAAUUGAGAGAAUCAUUGAAAAAUGCUUCGAAAAUUAAAACAAAAUCAAGUAGAAUAUUUUAUCUUUUUAUUACAACGAUGACAAAAGUAUUUUAUAUCUGGGCCAAACAUUAUAUUGGCUAUUUUUUGAAUUAUAUUCGAUUUCUGAAUCGGGCAACAGAUGAGCAAAUAUAUCAUAUUUAUUUACUGUUAAUAUUUAGUGCAUUUGCCACAACAAUAUCAAUAUUUCUUCAUACAUUAAAAUUUAAAGGAUAUAUUGCACCGAAAACAUCAGUUAUGUUGUAUGUGAUAUCUUAUUUAGCCACAUUUUAUUCAUUUAUACAAAUACGUGAAGUAUUCAUUGUCAAUCUCGAUAUAACAUUCUAUGUACUAAUAGGCCUGGUAUUAAACUUUACCCGAUUUCAACAUCCGUAUCAAUUUUGUUUAAUGAUUUUAUUUAAUCUAUUUAAACAUAAUGGAUUGCCAGCAAAUGUAAUCCAAUAUUUGUUUUUAACUACACGAUAG